AUCAAUUUCAAUUGCUUUUGUACAGUGAUUUACUACCAUUUUAUGAUUUAUAUUAAUAUUUUAGUUUAAGACGAUUAUAAGAAUGGACGUAUCGCAGUGCAAACACCUUCGAGUUAGAGAUAGCAGUGACUAUAAUAUGAACAUAGAAGAAUUAAUAAAAUCAAUAGAGAUGCAAUUCAAAAUUGAUUUUACUUCGCUGCCACAGUGGAAGGAACUUAUCGAAAUAAUGAAUAUCGUUCAGACGGAAUAUAAAAUUAAAAUUCAGAAUGCAGCAAAUCGUAAAUAUCAAAUAUUACAAAAUAUUUUUAUACAAAAUUCUAGACGUACUCCAUUUGAAUUAACUGAUAAAUUCGCAAGAACAUCAAAAUUUUGGGAAGACAUGAAACUUAAGGUUAGAAAACGUAAAGCUUCUAAGGUUAAAGACCAGCCUGUAAUUGAAUCUAGUGAUGAUAUGAAUGGUAUUCAAGAAACGAUAGAUGAAUUGGCACGUUACACCAAAACUCGGUUAUCCAAAAGCAGUUGUUUACAUAAAAAAUACAGAUGAUGCAUGCUAUCAUUUACAUAUUAGAAAGAAAAAUAUAGAUUUUACGAAAGAACUUGGGGAAAGUAUUAAAUCAGA